ACAAUACAGCAUCAGUGUCACAACUUUAGUUCUGACUUUUCAACCAUUUGACAUCUUCACUUGAACAGAACUCCGUGGUGACCAUGAAACUACUAUUCCUAGUGAUGUGCCUGAUUGGAAUUGGUUCCUCCAUUCCUGUGUCUGAGGAACAUGAUCGAGAGGAGCGCUCAGCUAGUGAUGAGAUGUUCAGGGGUUAUGGGCGUGGUUUUGGGGGAUUCUAUCCCUAUCAGCAGCCUCAGCAGCCUCAGCAGCCUCAGUACCCGUCAUACUUCCCGUACGCCCAGCCUCCCCAAAGUAACUCUGCCCUGUUGGCCCUCCUGCCCUUCCUAUUGGCCAGACUCGCUGCCGCUCCAGCCGCAACUCCUGCUGCAGCUCCCGCCCCAGCCCCAGCUCCCGCCCCAGCCCCAGCAGCAGGUGGAAAAUGAGAUGGGCGUCGACAGAAGAGCCAGAAGGACUCUCAUGUCUCCACCUUGUUUACAUCACAUAUGUUGACAUUAGCUGCUGUUCAGAGCUGAUUAUUCCAUUUUCAAUAAAUGAAACAAGUUAAGAUCCA